UAACCAUACCAAAAAUAUGCGGAAACCUGUCGGAUGCUUGAAAAUGAAAGAAAAAGUAAUUGCAACUCAAUUUCUUCUGAUCAUGAAAAUGUAAAUAGUUCGAUUGGCGUUGCAGCUUUAAAGGACAGUUGCCGUCUUUCUACUCCUAAUACGUCUUCGAAAGGUCAAAAUCUUUUUAUGAAAGACCAGUUACUGUAUUUAGCUAAACUUUUAGGGUUUGAAGUGGACUUUUCGGAUUAUCCCAAGGGCAAUCACAACGAAUUUCUUACAAUAGUUAUGCUUUCAACUAAUCCACCGCAAAUUUGUCAUGGAGUUGGAAUAAAUGCUAAGGAAUCUCAAGAAGACGCUGCAAAAAAUGCUUUAAAAAUUCUCAGUGAAAUGGGCUUGAACAAUGCAGUUAAAAAAUAAUUUAAAUUUUUAAUUUUACUUCGGAAAUAUGUAAUGCAGUUAUUGUAAUAAAGAUACCUCUACAGCCUA